AUUUUUGUCACCGAUUCUGGUUGCCGAGUGACUCCGAACGCACUUCAGCUCGCUUGCAAAAUAUAAACAAACCUGUGAAAUGACAGAAUAAACAAUAACCAGACACUUAACACACAGCUUCAGCAUGCUAUUUUAAUAAACAGCUGCAUAGCAAAGAGAUACCCAGCAAGGAAAUAACUUCUUUAGGUUGCAGUCUGUAAAGAUACAAAGAUGUAUGACCUAGGAGAACUGUACAAGGUGUCAAGUACAGACAAGGUGAAGGAUGCUGAACGUCAUCUCAAGAAAGAAUUGGAGGAGCUUAGAAAUGAAAUGGAAGAAAAUCAUAUGGCCUUUCAGCUACCAACACGAUCUAUUAGUUCUGUGCCAAUGCCUAGAGAUGUAGAAUAUUUCAAACAAGAAAGGCAACGAAUCAUUACUAGGUCAAAAGAGGUGAGCCAAGCCAAACCAUUGAAAAUGCAGUCAGAAUUAAUGGUAGAAGAAAUGAUGAAUGCUGAAGAAUUUGAAUAUGCACCAAAAGGUUUACCUAUGUUGUUACACCAGCAUUUUUUAGAGAGAAUGCAGCAGCUGAUCCAAUGUAAAUAUUCACACAUGUUGAGAUGGAAGAGAUUCUGUGAACAUAGUAGUUCUAUAGAGACCUUAUAUCCUCUUUAUACAAAGAGAUUAUCACAAAUUGUGACUGAGUAUAAUGACUGUGUAGACAGAGCACAAAGACUGAGCGAAGCAAAGGAGUCCAUGCUGUGUGGAGGAGAUGGGGGAAUUAUGUGUGUCAAGAUGGAAGACAUGUUGAUCUUUUUACGAUGGCUAGUGUGUCAUUUACACUCACUUAGAACUGUUCAUCAUUAUCUCAGGAUAUUAAAAUGGAUAGCAGUGCAGUAUAAAGCUGAGACAGCGCCACCAGAGAAACACAAAGAUGAUGAGGAGGAAGAAACCCAAGCAUCAAAGAUGGCUUCAUGGUAUCAAGAUGAUUCAAUAGGACUUUUUCAGAGGCCUAAGUCAGGUGGUGCCUCUCGUCCUACGUCUGCCACUACUGCACGAACCAAUACACCUGUGCCACAGCCACCACCAAUAAAUGCCAACCUUUUAACAACCACCCCACUUCCUACAUCAGCCUUUACUUAUGCUGCCGCUGCUUCAGGUGGUGGUUUAGCUAUGGAUGAAACAACUUUAGGUUUACCAAUGACAGUAGUCGAUUACCAAAACCUCAAACCACAUAUCAGUUAUUUACUGAAUUUAUACGGAAUCAAUUAUGAUCUAGAGAAGAUAGAUAACUCAAGUGAUGAAAUGGAAUUAUAUGCUGCCAUUGGUCGAAAGUUUAGGACAGUUUUUAUGAGACAGGAACAUAUGAAAACUUUUAAAGCUUAUGACAGACUAGAGGUUGGUCAAGAAAAUUGGGGUUCAGAUUCAUCAACUCAUGCACUAAGGAAGGACUCAAACUGGUUACCGUAUGUCAAACUGAAACCAGAGAAUGAUCCAACUCAACAAAAAAAAUGGACCAUUCUUAGGCAGAAGAGAAACAUAGACCCACUUCUGAAAAUGCAGGCUCAUUUCAUACAUGUCUCUGAUUCUGAGAGAGUCCAGGAUACUUUACGAGACCAUGCUGUAGCAGUGAUGAAUCCUCCUACCAUUAGAGCAUCCAGGGUCCAGUCUAAUCGUACUAACUAUGACACAACAGCUAUUUGGAAGAAGAUCUAUGCUAACCCACAGUUGUAUGACUAUGAUGACAAUGCAGAUAACAUUUCACUAGAAGAUUAUGAGGAUGCUGAGAUUGAGAAGGUAGAUCUAAAGAAAACAAAGAAGAGAAAGGACAGUUAUGAUUUUGUACAGUCAUCACAAAUGCAUGGGUUGAUGGAUGAUGGUGACAGUGGUCAGGACCCUGCUACAGCUCAGGGAGCAUACUUAUCAUUUCUACAUCUUAGACAUCUGAGGCUUAGAGACUUACAAAGAACAGUGCUUAGUUUGUUUAAUUACUUCAGAUCUAUGGAGAGAACAUUAACUGUUAGGGAUGCUGGAUUAUCUAUGGAUUUAGGUCCUGCCAAGCGUGUUAGUCCACAGAAUCACAGAGCAGAAACAGAACAUGAUGGGACAGUAGGAGGUGGGGGUGGUAUUGGUGACCAUGGUUACCUACACAACACACCAGCUGAUUUCAAAAAACAUGAGAGUGAAUACAUUGAGUAUUCUGAGGUAGACAACCAUGAUGAUUUUUACUCAAUAGAUGAAGGAAGAGUACAUGUUUUAGAUCAGAGAGGUUACUAUGUAAUGUAUGAAGCUGCUGAGGAAGAUCUGAAGAAUCUUGAGAACGAUUUGUUGUUAUUAGCUACACAUUUCAUUGAAAAAGAUAAAAGCCUGAGGACUCAUUCCAAAGUUGGUAGACCUUCAGGAACAGACAGAAGAAGGACUUCUAUGAUGAACCAGGGACCAGGUGACUUUGACAUUGCCAGCUAUGCUCAUCAAGAGCUAGAUAGGUUUGGUGUUUUAUUAGAUCUAUGGAGUAAUGAAGCAGCUUUUAUGGAGAGCAAAAGGGAGUUAAUGGAUUGUUACAUAGAGGCCUACCAGCAUGUGUUUGAUAGAGAUGAGAAAAGAGCACUAGCUCAAGUGAUCACUGACAUAAUGUACCAACGACCUAGGUUUGACUUUGAUACAGAAUACUUUAUUAGAAAUUACAGAGCAGAGUGCAUUAAUCUCAGACUCAAAAUGAGCAUUGUUAAAAAUGUAUUGGAUAAACAGAUAGAAGAACAGAGAGAGUAUUUACAAAAAGUAUGCAGAGAAGGCAAUGAUAAAUUUGGUAUACCUUUGGGAGUCAUACCUAAACAACCUAUAUCUAUAAAUCUUAGCAGGCCAGCCUUAAGAAACAUUUAUAUGUUAGAAUUCCAUCCAUCACUGUGUCUUGCCAGCAGGAUUCCAGAAGCUUUAAAAUAUGUUCUUCAAGAACUUGUAUAUUUCCACAGACCAGAAACAGCCCAUGAUACACUCAUGAUAGAGAGAAAAAUGUUAGAAAUAGCAGUCAAAGAAUGGGAUAAGAUGGGCAAACUGGGUGAUCAGUUCACAACUAAUACACAAAAAGAUUUAUUCUCUGAUGUAUUUGUUGAUGAUCCUUGGUUUAUGUCUGAGAUUGCACAGUUCCAAGUAGAACAGGUGCAGAAUGAUACAGCACAGACCAAGAAAAUGGGAAAAGAAAAACAAAUGCAGAUGUUACAAGCUGUUGGUAGAUUAUUGGAUGCUUUGACAUACAGACACAGACUGAUGGAUGCAGUUCUGGAAACAACUAUUUUAGCACAAAUAUUUAAGAAACAAGCCCAAGAGAUGGGAUUCAAUGAAUACCACAUGUAUAUUAGAUCAGUUCAGAUGGAGUCGGCCCCAUUUAAGGAUGAUGCUGGUAAACCCCCACCUAUAUUCAUGACAGAUGUACAAGAAGAUGAUGGAUCAGUAUAUAAGUUAAAUGUACCACAGACAUUUUCUUUAGCAAUGUCGGAGAUUGAUGAGGCAGUUACUGGAAGAUUUAGUUUUAGAAACAGGGAAUCACUUUUAAAUCUUUUGAAGCAUGGAAAAUUAGAAAAUUUCCAGAUUGUAUUGAAGGUACAGAUUGUCCAUAAAAAUGCCUUGAUCAGUGCUGUAUUACAACAUGAUGCCUGCAUACCCAUCAAAGAACAUGAAACAUUGAAAAGUGGUCGAGCUAGUCCUACAGAAACAAAGAGUGAGAAGAGUUCCCAGACACAGUUAACAAACUAUUCCAGUAGAACAGAUACAGGGAUGGGUACAAAGAUGAGAUCAUCUGAUGCAGGUGAAAAACUACGCAGAUUACCAGAGGCCUUUAUCUCUAUUCAGAUGGAAAAGACUCCAAGUAGAGAUCUGAUGUUGAAUGAGUUCUUCCAGAAACGAAAUAGUGUGAGUCCUUUGAUGAGAAAUAAUGCUGAGGAAAUGGAGAAGUUAAAGAGGGGACUGAUAUCUGAUUUCUGUUACUCCUUUAACCAAAGAAUGGCACAGCAUUCGUUACGAGGACAAUUAAUAGGAUAUUACAACAGCAUGCUAAGAAUACUGGAGGACUUUCCUGAAGUUAGGAAAUACUUCAUGAUUGGUGAUAUGACAGACCACAAGGGUACCGAAGGACUCCUUCCUGAUCCAAGCCAGAAGAUCAUUACAACACUAACUAACAAGAAGCGACCAGCACAGUUGCUCACAACAGAUGGAAAACAUGUAUUGAAUGUCUUUUUCAUUCCGUAUCAUUUGGAAGCUUUAGUCAUGUAUAAAAAACUGGACGAUUCACAGUGUACAAGAGCUCUGUCACACUCACUGGUCAUUGUGUCAGCCAUGCAUGACAUGUUGCAUUAUUUAUGUGCUCAUGCACGACUAGGAAGUUCCCAUGCUAGAUUAGGGUCGAGGAAGAUGGAGUUUGUGUCAGCUGAUUGGGGAGGAAUGGAAGGAGUUGGUGCUGAUUUGAGAGAAUUAAAGGAGCAGAUAAGUUUUCUAUCUGGUCCUACAGACCCUGUCACAGUAGGAGAAUUCCUAUCUUUGAGGAGGGAUGUCAUGUUCCUGGAAUUAGAUACUGCCAUUAGACAUUGUAUGAUCAAUACAUUCUUGUCCACAGGAAAUAUUACUGCCAUGAAAUCCAUUCAGGAUAAUGUUUACCAUGCACUCCCUCACUUGAGUAAUGUUCAAAGACCUUCUAUUUUCAACUGCCAUCUAUCUGUCCCUGAACCACUUGAACCCAGAGAUAUUAAAGCUAAAGCAUGGUAUCCAUGGAGAUCUUUUUGUGGCAGGAAUGGUCCUUUUCCCUUACUUCAUUGGCCUUGUUACAAGAUAGAAUACUACAUUCAACUAUGUCUAGCAGGACUAAAUGAAGUUGACAGACAUGUAGCUAAUGGAGAAAUUCUUGGUGUGACCUUGUUGAUGGAAGAUGUUCUUCAGACAGGGCACCAGGAGAUUUCUUUGACUGGAGACCAGGAUGAACCAGAAUCAGUAAAGGGAUCUAGAGGCCCCUCUAGGGCAGCUAGUCGAGUAGAUGUUCAUACUCCAGCUAGUAAUUUAGCUAGAAUAAGUGUACCCGUGAGUUUGUCCAGGACACAAGAACCUGUAGAAUCAUACAGAUUAUUGAAGUUUUUCCUGAUUCUCUGGAAAUGGUUAGAAUAUAUCAAGACUGACUGGGCUAAGAGAAAGUUCCAGAAAGAACAAAUAGACAACACAAUGUUACACAGAGAAGUCUGUAAACUUUACAAGACUGAUAUCUUGUUACCAGUUCUACAGAAUGUUGCCAGACGUUUAGGUCAGGGUGAGCUGUAUGAGGGUAUAGCUUUAGACACAGAACCUCUAGUCAUGCCUAGAGGGGCAUCAGAAAUAGAAGUCAGAUCUAAGCAGCUUGUACGACUUAUGGAAUUACUUGAGGUGAACAUGAUAACAGAAUUAAGGAAGAAGCUGGCUAAGGAAUUAAGUUUGACAAUUGCUGAGAGAGUAAGGGAAGAGUCUGUUAAUGCUACAGAUCUUUGGAAGAAACCUGUAAUGAAGGAAAGCUUUACAUUGACCAAACCACAUAUUGCAGAUACUUUUGUCACUCAGCUGAUGGCAAACUGCCAAGAAACUGAUGAUGAAAUCACAUUCUCUAAAGAACAUUUAAAUAACUGUUUCAGUGAACUGGCCAGGAAUGUCAUGACUAGAGAGAGACAUAAUUAUGAAAGUUACUCCAUGUAUUAUGAGAACCUUUUGAGAGUUCAUCAUCAGCUUUUGUACCAAAGAGAACAGGAAGUAAAACAGUUAAGAGGUCAGUUAAAUAGUGCACAGAGGGACAUUAUGGUGGAAGUUCAGACACAUCUAGCUGAAAAUGUUUAUGAUUUGUUGAUGGAAGUGACAGCACUGAGAGCUAAGGUACAUGAGAUGAGAGAAAUGAGUAUGACACAAGAGGUUGAUAUUACAGACAGAGUCAGAAAACAGUAUGAAGAUGUGGUACACAGUUUGUUUGAUAGUACUGCCAAACUCAAACUAAGACUUGAUGAAUUCAGACAUGAAAUUCAUGAAGAUGUGAACACAGAAAUUAACGAUACCCGUAAAGAGGCAUUAAAUGAAAUGGAUGAAGUCAGGAACAAAAGUGAACAGGAAGCAGAGGAUGAAUUAAUGAAGAGAUAUCUGGAGAAAUCUGAUGAUUUACGAAAUCUUCAGUCAAAUAAUCAUCAAUUAAACAUGGGUUUUAUGAAAAUGAAGGCAAUGAAUGGAUGGAAACAACAACAUUUCCAAGUUAAAUUCUUAAAGAAGGUUGGGGAGUUGUCCAAAGAUGCUGAAAGUUCUAAAAAGCAGAAUAUCCAGUUAGAAAUGAAAGCAAAAGAGGAGAUUAUCUCCCUUAGAAAACAGCUAAUGGCCAUCAAGACAGCAUUAAACAGGGCUGAGAGGGAAUACAGUGAUAUUAAAAAGAAAUUAGAGAAGGAGCUCAAAGAAAAACAAAAGAGACUGCAUGAGGAACAGCAACAAGCUUAUAAUAGAAGACACCUUGAACAGACUACGAAAGAAAACAUGAAUAUAUUGGUCAGAGAACUUGAUGAUAGAGAAACUAGACUCAAGCUAAUUACAGAUGAGAAAGAUAAGCAUGAACGUCUUCGUCAUAUCAAGGAAGAAAAAGUAUCUAAAGAUAUAGAUGUUAUCAAAAAACAACUAACUCAUGAGAGACAUUUGAAAUUAGAUGCAUUUAACAGAGUUGAUGAUUUACAAACACAGGUAUAUGACUUGGAGAGUGUUAUGAUAAACAGAACACAGUCAGCCAUAUCUUAUUCCCCAGCCCCUACUACCAAAACUCGCUCAAGCAGAAUCCAUUCAGCUACCCAGAGACAAAGUGAGUCGAGUAGGACCUCCACAUCAAUGUGGCCUCCACCAGUUACCUGGCCAGCUAAUCGUAGUCUGACACCAGGGCCUGUUAGUGCUAUGGACCAGAUGAAUAACUUGGAUGGCAAAAAGAUUCAAAGGCCUAAAACUGUUGGAGGUAGAUUAAGAAGUAGAAUAGCUGACCAGCUGCUGAAUGAAUUGGAUUUAGAUAAACAUCGAAUUAUAGUACAGUUAGAAGAGCUGCAAUUUGAAAGUGGAAAAUAGUUUAUUCAUAUUGAAAAUUAACUUUCUUAAUGCAUUAAUAGAAUUUUGUAGAAGACUUUGCUAUGCAUUUUUAUAUUACUAUGUAAUGCAUUUUAUACUGCUUUGUUAUUCAUUUUGUCUAGAAGGAUGUUAAGACUUUUUAAGAUAACAUUGUCGAUGGCUAUGUAAAAAGUAACCACAUUUAUGUCUCACACUCUAGAAAAAAAUCGAACAUUGUCAACAUCUGGUAGUUGGCAUUUAAUUAUAUCUCUGUAAGAAAAAAGGGCCUGGUUUUAUUUCUGUUCACAUUUAAAUAAGAAAACAUCACCUGAGUUUUGACAUUCAAAACUCUGUGUUUUCUAGUGGCCAAUGAAUUAUCUUGACUAAUUAUUUUAAUCAAAUAAAUAUAUAUGGCAUAUAAAUGAACAUCCCAAACUUGUUUUUGCUUAGAGGUCCAUAGCAUUGAUCAAAUGUCAUUAGUCUUCUUGUUGAUCGUAUAACCUUGGAAGAGAGACACACAUUUUAGUGUAACCAUGGUAACAGAACAUAUUCAGUUUUUAUCUUGGGAACUUACAUGUAGAAUAAGUUAUAAAAUCAUGACCUGCAGUUCAUCAGCUGGAAUAUGAUGCAACAAUUUUUGUUUUGUAUUAUAAGCUUAGUAAUUGAAAUGUUUCCAAUCUUUUUAAAGAAAUAGGUUAUGAAAAGGUCUUAAUAUAAAUUAAAGAGGAAGAUGUGCCAAGAAAAUAAUUUGAGUAUUUUAGGUAAAAUCUUGUUUUAAUAUUUCUGGGGUUCUUAUCCAAUUACAUACUAUUUCAUCAGAAUUAGAUAUUAGAAUUACACACAAAAUUUUAAAAAAAAUGCAAUAUUUACCCUAUCAAGUCAGUAAUUAUAUCCAAUUUAUUUAUUUUUUAAGUUACUAUACAGCCUUUUCAGUGUAAAAUUUCAAAGCAAUUACUUUGUUAUAUAGACAGAAAUAACAACCCCAAUAAUGAGUCAGUUCAUCAUUUCUCUUGGGUGAUAUCCCAAUAACCAAGAAAGGUGGCUUGUCAGAUUAUGAAAU